GUGUGAUUAUACCAAAUUUGAGAGUAGUGGAGAGUAAUUAUUCCAAAAUAAAGAUCGAAAGCCAUUUUCAAUUUAUUUUCUUCUUCACAUUUUCAUUCCAUUAGGUUAGUAAAGAAAAUGUCGGAAAGUUCUUACGAAGCGCAUGUGCAAUACUUGUGGUUUUGUUGAUCAAAUUCUGCCUCUGAUUCGCGCACAGGGGGAGCCCGAAUUCUGGGAAUCCAGAUGGAUCCAGUAGCAGCAGAAGUGGAGAAAGUGAAAAAUGAUUUCCAAGAAACAUACAACCAAACCCUGAAACACAUUGAUUCUAUCCAAGAAUAUGGGAAAACAUCUAGAAUCACUAAUCCAAGUGAAGCUGAAGAGGCGGAGAAGAAAGAGUCACUGCCUAGAUUAAAUGGGUUAGCUCAAGAUGGGCUGAACAUGCUGCAAUCCCUCCAGUUCAAUCUUGAUCUCCUUGCCCUACAACUCCCCUCGGUUGAUGAUGUUGAUAAGGCACAAUCUUUGGCGCAGUCUUGGAAAACUCAAAUACAGAGUUUGCGGCUGAGUUUAAGGAAUGCUAAUUUGCAAGCAAAGGCAAACAUGAGGAAAGCUGCUCAACAGGAGAGAGAGCUCCUUCUAGGAGGUGGCGAAGAGUCUACAACUCGAAGGCGCAACCUGCAGUAUGUAGUAUUACAUCUGAUGUGUUUUCUAUGCUUUUUAAUCUGUCAUCCAGAACAUUGUUCAAUUUAAUAACAAGGACACCUUUCAAGAUAAUUUAUCAUUUUCAAGGA